UGAUGAUGUGCUAUGAGCAUGUGUGUCUAGAGCCUCGACUUCGCUGACUCAGCCUUCGGAACCUCCCGUGGCGCUGCUCUCGCCUAUCUCCUUGCCUGGAACCCCCUACUCCAACGGCUCUACCCAACCCCGUAAACUCGAGUACAAACAGGCGAUCGAUCUAUUCCUACUGGAGCGGUGUAUCCCGCGACUGCGUAUCGCGAGAAAGGCUGCCAAGGCAAGAAGUGGUGAAGAGUACUACCCAGACAGACCCUCCGCAGAUGAUUAAUCUACGGUGCUGUGUGGCCGCUCCUUGCCCUGGCAUCCCCUACUACACUGCAUGCAACAAAAAAUACACAACACUUAUAGAACAAGCAUGCCGGGGAAGGUCUGCCCUUCUCUAGUGUGUUUUGUGUCUUGAUGGAGUACUUAUGACUGACUGCCCUCUCAGCGAAAUUACCCUAUGUUUCCGACUCGUCAGCUCUCAGCCGAAUGGUAACCAUAUUCACAGCCUUCCCUUGAUGGGUUCCCAGCUCAUUCAUAAGAGAGACAAAAAGUCGUGUGCGCGAAACUUGGGUUUUUUCCUUCCCGAGCGAAUGCAGAUGGCAUAUUCGGCUGACGACAUCGCAGCGGCCAGGAAUUUACAAUUAUUAGCAUACAUUUGCACGUCGACGGCGACAUUCUGGACCUAUGAUUUUGUUUGUUCACUUCAUGAAGAGUUGACAUUCCUACUUCGAUCGCGCUGGACAAAGGUAAAAGGCCUUUACAUCAUUGCACGAUAUGUUCCAUUUGUCCUUAUCAUAUUGGUCCUAUGUUCGACCUUGGCUCAAAACGAGAACCCCGAGAAAUGCCGGAUCUUGAGCAAUAUUUCCGCAUUUUUCGGACUGAUGUCACUCACUUUCUCUGAAUGCUUUUUUACCCUCAGAACGUACGCACUCUGGAGCAACAAUAGAAUCGUGCUUGUAGCCAUGCUGUCCGCCCUUUUUGCAACCGUCGUGUCAUCCGUCAGCCUUGUGCUUGUCGCUGGCGUUACCUCUGAAGUCACGACUAGCGCGAUCCCAGGCAUCCCAGGCUGCUCUGGGAGCCCACACGGUGUCCUAUUAUUCUUGCCUUAUAUUCUCAUGUUUGUGUUCCAACUAGGACUGGUCUGCCUCACAAUCAUACGCGUUAUACAAAGCUGGCGGUCGGCUAAGGGCCUUCUGUACGCCAUGCUGGUGAAGCAUAACAUAUUCUACCAUGCAUGUGGUCUACUCUUCUCGGCCGUGAAUGUUCUUUUGCCAAUGCUACUUUCAGAUGUGUAUUCCGUAUACUCUUCCCUCGAAGGUUUGCAGAUCUUUAUUCUUGCGAUCCUCGCCACGCGCAUGCACCUCCACCUCUGGCAUGUUGAGCGGCACGUGGAUGGCUCCGAGGCCCUCGUGCGCAUUUCUAUUGAGAUAUGAAUUCAUGAGCAGGCCAAUCACGUGAAUGACGACGACGAGAAGCACCAGGAUCUUUGCAAUCGCAUAUCCAUGCAAAUUACACAGGCAGUUGUGAGGUAAAUUCAUCUUCCACAAAGGUAUCAAACAGGCAAUGUACAGUGCUAUUGAAUAUACACAAGUGUUGCAAAUGAUG